AUGAAGCUUACCUUCAAGGAUCUCAAGCAAGAGAAGUUUGUGAUCGAGGUUGAACCCUCCGAAACUGUCCGACAGGUUAAAGAGAAGAUCUCGCAAGAAAAGCCUGAUUAUGGCGCGGAACGCAUGAAGGUUAUCUACUCUGGCAAGAUUCUUCAAGAUGACAAGACUGUCGAGUCCUACAACAUUCAAGAGAAGGAUUUCCUAGUCUGCUUGCCCGCCAAGCAACCCAAGGCUGCCCCCUCCUCCUCCGCUGCUUCUUCGGUUCCCUCAACCCCUGCCACCAGAGCUCCCGCUGCUACGCCUGCUGCUCCAGCUCCCGCUGCUCCCGCUCCUGCCACUCGUUCUACACCCGCUGUACCGGCCACCCCAUCCCCGGCUAGCGCUGCUCCCACACAAGCAACCGAGCCUGCUGCUUUUGGUGAUCCCUCUGCCCUCGCUAUGGGCGGUGCUGCCGAGGGUGCCAUGCAGCAGAUGGAAGCUAUGGGAUUUGAGAGACCCAUGGUAGAGCGGGCCAUGCGCGCCGCUUUCUUCAACCCGGACCGUGCUAUUGAGUACUUGCUGAACGGUAUCCCCGAGAGCGCCCAACGUGAACAGCAACAACAACAGCAGCAACAUGAGCAGGAGCAGGCCGAGACUGAUGCCGAGGCCCCCACUGCCGGUGGUGAGGAACCCUUCAACAUGUUCGAGGCUGCUGCCCAGGCUGGUGAGGGUGGCGGUCGUGGUGCUCGGUCUGGAGGUGCCGGAGGUGCGGCUGGUAGUGACGCAAACUUGGACUUCCUUCGCAACAACCCCCACUUCCAGCAGCUCCGCCAGCUAGUUCAGCAGCAACCCCAGAUGCUCGAGCCUAUCCUCCAACAGGUUGCUGCGGGUAACCCCCAGAUUGCGCAGAUUAUCGGGCAAAACUCUGAACAGUUCCUUCAGCUGCUUGCUGAGGACCUUGGUGAGGAUGACGAGGCUCUGCCCCCUGGUACUCAGGCGAUCUCGGUUACGGAGGAGGAGCGCGAUGCAAUUGAGCGUCUGUGCCGUCUGGGCUUCCCUCGGGAUUCCGUCAUCCAGGCCUACUUCGCCUGUGACAAGAACGAGGAGCUGGCCGCCAACUUCCUGUUCGACCAGCCGGAUGAUGACGAGGAGUAA